AGUUCAUACCAAUCACUAGUUCUGCUCUUUCGUCAUCUUCCGACGACACCGGCGCACAAAACAAACCACCAAAAAAACCUUAUUUUCAGAAUCAAAAUCAAAUCCCCAAAAUUUUUUUCUUCCGGGGAAUUUUCGUUUCCAGAGCUUAUGUAGAGUUCUACAUAGAUGAAGUGAUGAUCUGUGUUAGAGCUAACCCCUUCUCUUCUUCAUCUCCUUCUCAGUUCCUACUCGUUGCCAAUAGAUACGACCCACGAAUUCCCUUCUCCACGCGCCGCCGCCGUCGAGGAAUCAGGAGACGAAACGGCGACCUUCCCCUCAAAAAGAAUAUCAAAUUCGAAACCUUAUCGGAUGAUGAUCAAAACAUUAGAUUAGUCCUCGAUCUUGAGCAGAUUUCAUCCCUACCCUCCUCCAAAUUUCGGCAACUUCUCAACUACUCUAGAGAUGCUUACGACGACCUCAGAAAUUUCGUCACGGUGGAUAGUUAUACUCGGACGUUGCGGGUAUCGUGUCGCAAAUCGACCUUGCAAUUCCUUGGCGGGGUGUUCCUUUGUGGGUUUGUCGUUGUUUUUGCUUUUAGGGUUCUGCGGAACCUGGUGAUGGGGUUUAAGGCUAGACUGCGGUCUAGAGAGAAUGUGAUUGUUAGGAGGGAUAGGAGUCUUGGAGGGAGAGAGGUGAUUGUUGGGAUAAAGGGGGAUAAUCAGCAGUUUAAACCUUUGAAGGCUAGGGCCUCACCGGUUCAAGCUUUGGGCAGGGGUAAAAUGGAUUAUCCCCUCGGAGUCCAGGUGCCGGAGAAGUUGCCCAAAUGGUGGCCGGAGUCGGUGGCUAAUGGGGGCACCGUGUUCAAUCGGGAGUAUUAUCAGAGAGAGGCCAACAUAUUGACUAGAGUAAUCACGGACAAUAGAACCAGUGGAAAGGAUAUUUCAGAGGAAGAUAUAAUUCAAGUCAGUGGCUUUUCUUUAUUCAUUCAAUUUUCAUGUUGUUUAUAAUUUUCAUCUAGAACUAGAAAUGCAACUUUUGGCAUUGUGAAAGUUUUGUGCGGUGUUUUGUUUGGUUUAUAUUAUAUUUGAAUUUUGCAUAAUUUAGUGAGAUAUUGUUAAUCAGUUAGUGAUUUGUUUGGUUUAUCUUAUAUAGGUGUUUUGUUUGCAUCUUGAUUUUUGUUAAUCCCUUUAUAUACGUCAGUGAGAUACUGUAAAUUGCAAUUGUGGCACAAAAUUUUCUUCCCCUGUUGGAUUAGCUGACCCUUGGACAAUGUACUGGCUCUUUUCCUGUAUAUGUGUGAGCAGUUACGUCAAAUAUGCAGGACCUCUGGAGUGAGGACCUCUUUUGACACAACAAACACGCGGGAUUCCUUCUAUCGGGCAUCUAUUGAGUUGGUUUUGAAUGUUUGCAGCUGGGCACCAAGUCACUCUACCUCAGUUGAGGUUGAUGAUGAAGAUGCUCGAGAAUUCAUUGCAGGACUUGCUGAAAAUGUUGGCCUUGAAAAGAUUCGUGCUGCCAGAAUGGUGUGUGCUGCUGUUGCUGCACGCACGCGUUUGCGGUUUUUGCAGGCUUGGGUAAUUUGUUGAGCUCUUAUUCCUAAGUACAAUAAUAAUUUCACUUUUUA